CGAAUAAAACUUCAACUUAUUACCAUUACGGACUAUGCAUUACCUGGUUUGUGGUAGGUUGUUAUUCGGACAAAUCGGAAUUCGGAAAAUAAAUACUAUGCGUAGCCGGUUGAGUAGUUGUGAAGUGUUUUUAAAUUAUUCAGUGUUUGUUUCAUGUUAGUGAAGAAGUUUUGAUUGAAGUGUCGUCCUGUUGCCAUUUUAUUCCAGUUUUAACCCUAAAUGUCAAUCGAAAUUUAUUAUGUUAUCAGUUCAUUUGUCACCAGCUUUGUGGUUAAUGUGCUGCAUUAAGUAACUUUCAAUUUUGAUUCGCCUAUCAAAGUGGAUUAAUUUGAAGUGUAAAGAAUUGAUUUUUCAAUCGCUGACCUCUACUAUCUUCGUUCAACCUCAACCUAUGGUAUGAUCCCGUUGUAUAGCCUACGGGAGUUUUGAUUGUUUUGGUGCUGGAACAUCAUGGCAUCAACUAUGUCCGAAAAUGGCGACACAAGUGAAGAAAUACUUCAACAAAAUAGUGAAACAAGAGUUAAUGGAGAAGUCAACGGAUCAUACGAUGAACCAAUGGACGUCGAUGAAACAGUUAAAACUGUGAAAAAAAUUAGUUCCAAUGAUAUCAACUGUAUUAGUGAUGUAGCUGAGAAGGACAGUGAUAGUUUAAAUGAACCUAACGAUAGAAUAAAUUCAAACUGUGAAGAUGAGUUAUCUGAAAGUGCUGUAGAAAAUGAAGUGCCUGAAAAAGAUGAAGGAACAUCUAGCAAUGGCUUUGAUGAACAUCAAGACCAAGAAAAAGAAGAAAAUAAUGUUGAAGAAAACCAUGAAGAUGAAGAAGAAACUAAUCAAGGAGAGGAAGAUGACAUUAUGAUGGUGGAGGAAGAGGAUGCUGGAGACCCACUAGGAAAUGAAUCAAGUGCUGGGGAGGUAGAAAACAUUGAAAAGGAAACGCUUGAUGAGUCUGAAGACAAGACUUUAGAUGACCAAGAUAAUACUUCCUCCCCAGAGAAACAAAUAGAUUCUUCUGAAAAUGAAAAGAAUGAAAAUCAAGAAAAUGAAAAUGUUGAAGCUUCAUUGGAAAAGUCGGACAAAGAAGCUGAACUCAAAGACAGCAGCAACAAAGACCAUUCGGUUGAAGAAAGUCAAACCGCUGAAUCGGAAAAAGAAGAAAAAGACAAAGGGGAAGGUGAAAAAAUGGAAGUAGAUGGAGAAAAAAAUGAAGAAUCGCCUGAUAAGACCAAAACUGAAGAGGACAGUGAAAAAACACCAGAUAAAGGAAAAAAGAAAAAGACCCCACAGCAACCUAUUAAUAUCACACCUAGAAGAAGUUCUCGAAAUGUCAAUAAACCAAAAACUUACAUCGAUGAACCUGAUAUCAAGGGUACCACACUCACAACCCCGAAAAAGAUAAAUGAUGAUCCAGAUAUUGAAGAGAUUGUGCCACAAGAUCCUUUGGCCAUGGAUUCACCUGUGUCUGAUAAGAAAAAGAAAACUGUCGUUGUCAGUGAUCCGAAGAGGUUAGUGGAAAUUGCUACAGGCAGUAAGCAAACAAAACUGGGUAAAAAAGAACCAACUUUGGUUAUAAUUGAUACAAAUUCUAUUCUCUCGGGCAGAGGUCCGGUUCCAGUAUCACCAUCUUCACCAUUAGGACACUCUACGACAGUUGCUGGAUCUUCCCGAGGACAGGGUUAUUCAGUUCUGCCAGUAGCUCUACCGGCUCAAGGCAUGUAUCCUCAUCCUCUCAAACAGACUCAGCUAAAACCUUUGUCCAUGUCACACUCACCAUCAGCCACUCCCUCCCCACCCCCUGCCACUUCAAAGACUCCACCUGUCAUCUUGCCUUCCCUAACGGACGACAUGUAUGUAGUUGAAGCUCCGUCAUUCAUAGUUCCGUAUGUUUAUGAGAAGCCACCCAUAAAACCCUUGAAGAACUUUGUAGAUCAGGUAGAACAAGCCAUCAAAGAAAUUAAGGCUCAAUUAGAAAAAGAAAAGAAUGAAGAAGACAAAAAAGCAGAAGAAGAAAAGAAAUCUGAAGAAGAAGAAGAAGAUAAGAAGUCCGAUAGCAGCGAAAAGGAUGAUAAGGAAAAAUCGAAAGAUGAUGAUGCCAAAGAUGAAAAGAUGGAAGUUGAUGCGGAAGCGACCAAAACUAAAGAUGAUGACUCUAAAGAAAAGGAUGAAACCAAAGAUUCUGAGAAAAGUGAAGACAAAAGUUCUGAAUCCAAGGAGAGCGAAAAGUCCGGCGAGGACGGAAAAGCUGAUGAAGAGAAGUCCAAGAAAAGUAGUUCAUAUUUUGACAACCCCCUAGGUAAAUUCUUUAUUCAAAUUGGUGUUAACUUGGUGCAAGAACAUGUACAGACGGAUUUAUUACGAUCUCAGAAAAGGAAAAAGGAAAGAGAAGGAUCAAAAUGUACUCCUGAAGUGCAGCAAGCAAUGAAUUCCCUUAUUAGAAGUUUAGAAUUUAGUAAAGCGACCAAUGAACCUUUUAAAUUGGAAAUGAAAAAAUGUGAGUUUUGCAGCUUUAAAACAGAAUCAGCUCUGGUGAUGGCACAUCACUUGGAGACUCCGCACAUGAGGAACUAUGUGUAUAGGUGUAAUUUCUGUCCGUUGGAAGUGAGGAGUCCCCAUGACAUUCUAUAUCACAUGGAGGCGGAACAUAACGUGAGAGGACGACUAGAGAGAGCCCCAGCCUUCCACCAGUGUCCCAGCUGUCCGUUUGAGGACAACCAGAAGGGGAAACUGAGCAGGCACUUGCUGUCCUGCGCCAAGAAGUACCGGCCAGAGAGAAAUCAGGAGCCACCACUAGACUUUGAGCCUCCUGCCAAGAUACCUCGAGUGUCUCGUAACCGUCCCAGCAUGUCACCAGGCAAUGCAGUGUACCAGGCGGCCAUGUCUGGGCUGAAACAAGGAGGACAAGGACACCCUCUGCUGCCCAAGUUGGUGCCUGCGCCUUCGCCACCAGGCCUGAUACGUGGCCGCGGUCGACCACAGAUGAUCAACCGCUACCUGGGCGACAUGCGCACGUCGUCUGUGCUCGCUGCGCAACAGAAGGCCAUGGCCGCUUCAAUGAGGCCAGGAAUGCUGUAUCGACCGUCAGGAUCAAACUCACAACCGCAAGUUCUGCUACCAGCCUCCUACCAGCUGGCCAACUCACAACUAUACCAGGACCAAAUGUCCCUAUAUCAACAGAUGGUGACCAAUCACAGGGGAGGACUCAGCAUCGGCCCUCCGCCCCUCUCUCUCCCUCAGCAGAACGUGGCGGCUAGUGUGGCCAGCAAGACGUCAGUGACACCCGUCGGAGCCUCUACAGCCAAACUGCUGCAACAGCCGAGCAUCUCCAUCACACCUCUACCUCGGCAGCAGCAACCCCCGCCCUCGCCUGCACCUGCGCCUCCCCCCGCCAACAAGCCUGGCCGCCCCGCCGGCUCUAGCAAAGCCACCUUUGUCAUCUGUGAGAUCUGUGACGGAUAUAUCAAGGACCUGGAGCAGUUGAGGAACCACAUGCAGUGGAUACACAAAGUGAAGAUACAUCCCAAGAUGAUCUACAACCGACCGCCACUCAAUUGUCAGAAGUGUCAGUUCCGAUUCUUCACGGACCAAGGACUAGAGAGACAUCUACUGGGCAGUCAUGGUCUGGUCACCAGUAGUAUGCAGGAGGCAGCUAACAAGGGCAAGGACGGAGGCCGCUGUCCCGUCUGUGGCAGGGUUUACCAGUGGAAGUUGCUGAACCACGUGGCCAGGGACCACAAUAUGUCGCUGAAACCGGCGCAUCUGUCAUACAAGUGCACCGUGUGUACAGCCACGUUCGGCAUGUACAAGCAGUUUGAGAACCACGUGUACUCGGCUCACAGUGUGGUGGCCAAGCGAGUCAUGGACAAGAAGCCUUCGUCGUCCAGUCAGCCCUCGACCAGCUCCCAGGGUGAUAUGCUUAAACCACUGAAGAUAAAUGAUGAAAUCACGAUAAUCCCUCAACCUGCUAGGUCUAAGACAAAACCUGCCGGAUCUAACAAUCGCCCACAGAAAAAGGUGUAAACUCCCCCCGAUCUACACUUAGUGUGUCGUCCGCUGUAGUUAAUUAUUAUAUUACUAUAAGUCGUUUUCUUUAUUUAGAAAGGUUUUUAUAUAUUUUGAGUUUGUCAAAUGUAAAAUUUUUGUAUACCGUAACUUGUACAUAGCACACUUUAGAGAAUGACUGUCGGAGGUGCGGUGUGUGUGUCAUGACCCGUGUAUAAAGCUGAUGUAUAGAUAUUCACGAGAUUUGUAAUUUUGUAUCAGGGGGUUUGGCUCUUGGUGCCUGAGCUCUGCUUUUUGGUAGUUUUCUCUACGUCAUGAUUAAGCCAGUGACCUUUUUAAUUUUGACGGUUAUUUGUAUAUAAGUUUGAUAUUGAAUGUGGGUUGAUGAUAUUUUAUUGGUAGAUAAGCUAAUCUCUGUUCUCGCCGAGCGGAACAGUUUUUAAAUUUCCCUUGUGUAUAAUUUAUUCCGUAAUAAUUACUCCGAGAAAUUCCAAAGUGUGAGACUUGACUUUAUAAGUACAGUAUCAUGUGAAUAAUGGGUCUAUUGAUAUAACAAUGUUCCAUGAAUAAAUAUUUUGUUCCAA